GGACUACAAGUCAAGCUAUACUGAGCUAGCUUUAAGACCAGUUUUCACUCCCUUGGUUGCUGGGUUGAAGUCGUCGUUUUCACAUCUCUUUGCAGAUAUUGCAAUACUGCUUCAAGCCAUUGUGGAAGAACCAGGGCGUCAACUCGUUGACUUCGUGUCUGAAGGCCGAAUCAAUGGACCCGACGUGGUUCCCUACCACGCGGACCCUUACAGCACUGCUAUAAUCUCAGGAUCGACGAAAACCAAGAAAUAUCACGACAAUCGAUCGUCGGAGCAAAGACCGCUAUUAGGCAGAAGCAGGUCUCGUAAUAUGGAAAGUUGUAGUGAUUCUGAGUACGGUUCUAAUGUAAUAGAUGAUCCAGAAUUUGCAGCCAUAAUACGAUCCGUUGAGCAAGCCAUUGAUAAUGGGAUCCUGCCACAGCGCAUUUAUCAGGGAUCUAGUGGAAGUUACUUUGUGAAAAAUAAAGAAGGGAAAACCGUUGGAGUUUUCAAACCWAAGGACGAGGAACCCUAUGGUCAUUUAAACCCUAAAUGGACAAAAUGGUGUCAUAAAGURUGCUGUCCUUGUUGUUUUGGUCGUACUUGUUUGGUUCCUAAUCAAGGUUACUUAUCAGAAGCUGGAGCAAGUUUGGUUGAUACAAAAAUAGGUUUAAAUGUUGUUCCCAAAACAAAGGUAGUUCGGCUAGCAAGUGAUACGUUUAAUUAUACUCCUUUUGAUCGGGCUAAGGCAAGAUCCAAAAAGUUUGCUACAGAAAGAUUUCCAGAUUCUUUAGGAAAACAUGUUAAAGCUGGCCUUCCUCCAAAGAUGGGGUCUUUUCAAUUAUUUGUUGAAGGAUACAAGGAUGCAGAAUAUCACAUMAGACGCUUUGAGUCUGAACCACUUCCUUCAGCAACACUUCAUGACUUCUUAAUUCAAUUUCAAAAGAUGGUGUGUCUUGAUUAUGUUAUACGAAAUACAGAUCGAGGUAAUGAUAAUUGGCUUAUAAACUAUGAAAAGACACCUGAAAUAGAUGAGUCUGUCAAGAUUCAAGGAACAGAAGAAGGGGAGACUGGAUGGGAUGUUGUAAAUUCACCAAAAAUAUAUGUAGCUGCCAUUGAUAAUGGUUUAGCAUUUCCCUACAAGCACCCAGACUCAUGGAGAGCUUAUCCAUUCUAUUGGGCAUGGCUGCCCUAUGCCAAGGAGCCAUUCAAAGAUGAAGUGAUAGACCUCGUUUUACCGAAACUCUCCAACAUGAACUUUGUACAGGACUUAACAGAUGACCUGUACCACUUGUUUAGGGAAGAUAAAGGGUUUGAUAGGUCUACAUUUGAAAAACAGUUAGCAGUUUUAAGAGGGCAGAUAUUGAAUCUCAGCCAAGCUCUGCGGGAUAAAAAGUCUGCCCUACAAUUAGUUCAAAUGCCAGUAGUAACCGUCGAAAGAAAACGAUUCGAAGGUGAUGACUUACACAGGAACCCCGACAGGAGCCACAGCGAAGCAUUUACCCAAAGCUUCCAGCACCGGCCCCCGUUCUUUUCUUGGUGCUGAAGGGCAGGGUUCCAAAAUUUAUUUGAAAUGGAAAAUUCAAUUGAACUAUAUUGAUAUUUCAGUAUGUAAAUUUUAUAAAAAAAUUCAUAAAAUUCCACGUUUGGACAAACGUUUAUGAUUGCAGAAUCGUAUGUUUAUUCAUACGAAGACAGCUGAAAUAGUUUAUGAUAAUGAAAUUAAAGAAAGAUUACAAGAAAAUGAUCACACAGCCAAGAAACAAAAGAACUAGAUUUUUUAAGUGUGCUUUUCAUCGAUCUCGUCCCUCGAACUACAAAAACGCGGAAAAGUACCUGGGAGCGAGGUUAUGAUUCAUAUGCAUAUUUUGCAUCACGUGACCAAGGCUAAACAGGUUAGUCUAGUUUUAGAGAGUUACAUACAAUAAAAACCAAAUUACUUUGCUUU